AUGGGCUGCGGUUCCUCAACACCAGACUACGACCAGAAGAACUACCGCAAACCUGGCAGAGGACACACUGCCGACGUGACCGGCGCGAGCACUGCAUUUUACAGGGUGGCCAUCACGGAGGAGGAGGCUUUGGUGGUGGGCAUCAUGGAGGAGGAUUUGGAGGAGGCCAUGGGGGCGGAGGAGGUGGUGGUGGCUGCGGAGGCGGCGGCGGAGGAGGUGGAGGUGGUGGUUAAAAGGCCAGGCAACGUUGGUGGGCUCGGGUGGAUGGUGUGUACGAUGUGA